UUUUAAAUAUUUUAUCGGAAAGAUAACAUAAGAUGAUAUGCAUACCAGUUAGUAGGGUUAUGCUUAUCUCAUGUGUCUUAAAUUUCAGGAAGAAGUGUUAAUUUUCUGAAAAUCGUAUAAUCUAUUAUGUCAUAUUCAAAUUUAGAGUCAUAAGAGAAAGAGAAAUAUAACAUACAGAUAACAAAUAUAACAUACAAUGGCAACUAAACGCACAUUAGACACAGAUAACACAGAAGAACAAACCACCAGUGAAACCAAGACCAAAAAAGCAAAAAUCACUUUAGUGAGUUCAAAAGGGUCAUUGACAAAAGAAAACUUCGACAAAAGCAAUCAAUCUUCCAAGAAAGUAGCAGACCAGAUAGAAAAACCCAUUAAUGAGAAAGAAGAAAAAGAUGACAGAAAGGAUGACCAUAUUAUGACUGCCAAUACCAUCAAAAUUGGUAAUAACGAAACCAGCACUUACAAAUAUGUUGACACGAAGGAUAAGUUCAUUGAAGUCAUUAAAGAGCUCCAGGAAAAGAUAAAAAAUAAACAAAUGAUAGCCGUUGAUUGCGAAGGGGUAGACUUGUCAAGAUUUGGAUCAGUAACAAUGAUUAACAUUGGCACUCAAGAUUUGGUCUAUCUAAUCGAUAUUUUGAAAAUAGGGAACAGUGUAUUUGAUGAUGGUCUCCGUUCUAUACUCGAGGAUAGUGGAUUAGAAAAACUGAUGUUCGACUGCCGAGAAGAUGCCGAUGCUUUAUUACACCUUCACAAAGUUAAACUCGAUGGAGUACUAGACGUUCAAAUACUAGAAGUAAACAAUCGAAUAUACAGAAAUGGAUAUACUAAGAUCAGAAGCCUUAAACACUGCCUAGAGUUAUACGUAAAUGACGACACAUUAUUGAAUGUCAAGUUACAAGGACGGUCAAGUAUGAAUAUGUCGAGUAACAUUUGGGAGAAAAGGCCAUUGGACGAAAACAUGUUGAAAUAUGCAAGUGUUGAUAUUCUUGGUCUUUUUAAACUGUAUGAUGCACUUCGUACCCAAAUGGGCCAUAGCGUCUGGAAAGCUGCCUCAAAUCGAUAUUGUGACACUACCCGAUCAAGAAACAGGGUGUACCGUGAUGGCAGUGGCAUCUUACCAAAAGGCGUAAUAUUAUAAUGGCAUGGACUUAGGUCAUAAUUCAUCAUUAUGAUUAUUUUACCCCAUUAUACUAUUAACUAAUGCGAUGUUAAUCAUUGUUGUCAAUUUCAGAAUCAUGAUGCGAAUGCUACCAAAGACAUAUGCUAAACAAAAUAAUAUAACUAUAUCCGCCAUCUCACUUUGGUUGUUAAAGUUUUCGCAAAUUUAAAUCACAAUUUACAUUAAGUUUACAUUUAGAUAGGCAAAUAUUACUUCAAUACGAAAAUAUUUUCUUUGAAUAGAAUGUAAGUAUGUGCAGAUGGUUAUUAGCAAUUAUAUACAUAUAAAUCUGUGUAUUCUCUACCUAACACUUUGCUGUUACCGUAUCUUUAUAUAAGGAUAUCAGGAAUGGACAAACUGAUUUAAUGCAUUAACAUUCUCAUUUUCUUGUAUUCAUUUAUGUCAGAUUACUGUUGAAUAAGAUUUUUACAGUAAAUUCGAGGCAACAGUUGUUAACAGAUGUUCAAAUCUACAAAGACAAAAAAUACAAAUCAUGGUAAAACAAUGUGGGAAUCGCAUGAACUUAAACAGGAGCGAGAAGGGGCUGGUCAACGAGUAUCUCAUGUUAUGCACGAAUCACCCACCAUGCAAAAGGACACAAUCGGAUAUAGGACACCAUUGGGAUUUCAUUAAAGGAAUAUUCUGCUAUCUAAAGAUGACAACAACAAAAAACCCAGCGAAAACAAAUCAUACUACAAUUUUAUCGAAAUUCAUUUUUCAGACAAUAUUGUAAAUAUCGUGUUUGUCUUCAAUGGAUCGAUGAAAGUAAUGAGAUUCUGCAAGAGUUAAACCCUAGCUUGAUUUCUAUUUAUUGAAUACUUCCUUAACGACAACAUCGCAUAAGAGCAUCAAUCUCAUGAGCUUUUCCAGUUCAAAAAUAGGCGGAACGUACCAAAGGGCCAACCAAAAUUCAUAUGUCAGAGGUUCAUUAGGACACAUCUGUUAAGGCUAACUUGAUCGGUUUCUUUCUAUAAUUGUGUUGAAAUGUAUCAUUUAAAGAAUAUGUUGUCAUUUUGAAGUUAAAUGUUGAAAAGUAAAUUCAAUGUUGAUAAUAUGCCACCAAUAUCUAACAAUAAUGUUAUUGCAUAAUUUGCAGAUUUGACUCUAAUAUCAAAGAUAUUUGUAAUCUUACCACAUAUAUAGAUAUUGAUUAAAAUACCGCAAACACAUGAUAAAAA